AUGUCUGACCAAGAAGAUAAUCUAGAUCCUAAUCAACUAAAAGAAGAUGAUAUUAAUCUUGAAGAUAAGAAUUCUAUGGAAGUAUUACCAGUUGAUAAUGAAUCUUCAAUAGUCGAUAAUAAAAAUCAAGAAGAGCAACUUAUUAGUAAACUAGAAAAUGAUAAACCUAAACAAGAAGAUCCCCCCUCAUCUUCUAAUCAACAACAACAACAACAACAACUGGUACCUAGUAACAAUUCAAUAAACCAUGUUAAUGAACAAGCCCAACAACAACAACAACAACAAGAUCAAUAUGAAGAUGAUAAUAAUAAUAAUAAUGAUAAUAAUAAUGAAAAUGAAGAUCAUCAUACGAAUAUAAUACGAUCAAUAAAUGAACCAUCUAAAAAAAGAUUAGAUCCUGAAUUCUUUUAUAAUUCUAAUGAUUAUAUUGUACAACCAAUGAUUACUGAAAAUUCUGGUAUACCAAUAAAUCUAUUAAAAGUUUCUCAUUUAUUCGGUAUGGAUGUAACACGUAGAGAGAAUAUACAAUUACUUCAUUAUAAUAAUAAUCAUAUAUUAUGUCAUAUAUAUGGUAAUUAUUUACAAUUAAUUAAUAUGAAUACUAAUGAUAUAAUUAUGAUACGUUCAAUGAAUGGAAUUGGUAUUGGUACAUUUUGUAUACAAUCACAAAAUAAUUAUAUAGCAUUAGCUGAAAAAGGUAUUAUGCCAAAUGUAUGCAUUUAUCAAUAUCCUGAUAUUAAAUUAUAUCGUAUAUUAAAAGAAGGUACUGAAACUGCUUAUACAGCAUGUCAAUUUAGUCCAAAUGGUGAAUUAUUAGCUACAGUUGGUUCCGAUCCUGAUUAUACAAUAAUAAUAUGGGAAUGGAGAAAUGAACAAAUUGUAUUAAAAUCUAAAGCAUAUUCUCAAGAGAUAUAUCAUAUUGCAUGGUCAAUUGAUUUAUAUGGUAUAUUAACUACUAUUGGUAUUGGACAUAUAAAAUUUUGGAAAAUGUCUAAUACAUUUACCGGUUUAAAAUUACAAGGGAUAUUAGGUAAAUUUGGUAAAAUUGAUUUAUGUAAUAUUAAUGGAUUUAUUAUAUUACCUGAUGGUAAAGUAUUAACUGGUACAAUAUGGGGUAAUUUACUUCUAUGGGAAGAUAAUUUAAUUAAAGUACAAAUUACACGUAAAAAUAAACAAUCAUGUCAUUAUGGUAAUAUUAUGCAAAUUAUUAUUGAUGAAGGUGAAUUAAUAACAAUUGGUCAAGAUGGUUGGAUACGAACAUGGGAUUUUGAAACUGUGGAUACAGCUGAAUCUUCAGAAGAGAGUGGAUUUUUUGAACUAGAACCAAUGAAUGAAUUACGUGUUGGAUUAAAAGCUAAUUUAAUGCAUAUUGUAAAAAUUCCAUUCCCUGAUUCUACAAUGUGGUAUGCUCAAGAUGCUGAUGGAGCUAUAUGGAAAUUAGAUUUAUCCUUUUCACACACAUCCUUAGCACCAGAAUGUCUAGAAGAGUUCCAUGCAAAUGAUAUUGUUGAUUGUGUCACAUCACCGUUCACUUAUUGUGCAGCUACAGUUGGUCUUGAUGGCAAAGUAUGCAUUUAUGAUAUUGUUCAAAAGAAAAUUCUUGUUUCAAGAAGAUUUCCAUCAGGUGGUUCAUCAUUAAUUUGGAGUCCACCACAAGUUGAUCCUAAAGGGAAAAUUUUAAUUGUUGGUCAUCAAGAUGGUGUAUUACGUUUAAUAAAAUUUGGUGAAAACCCUGAAGAAUUAACAAAACGUACAAAACAACAAUAUGCUUUAAUAGAUCUUGGACAAGUACUUAAACCGCAUACAUUAGCAAUUACAUCAAUGAUUUAUAGUCCAUCAGGGAAAUUAUUUAUUACUGGAAGUAAAGAUGAAACUAUUUUCUUUUUUCAUGUACAUACUACUCAUUUAUCACCAAUUGGUUUUAUUCAUGUUUAUGGUAAAGUUGUUAGAUUAGAAUGGUUUUCUAUGAAUAAUAAUAAAGAAAUAAAUGAAAUUAUUGUUUAUUUAGAAAAUGGUUGUGUAUUAACUGUACAAUGUCCAUCAGAGAAUGAAAAAUAUGAUCAUUCUAAAACAUUUGCAUUAACUAAUAUUCAUAUAACUAGAUCAUAUCAAUUCAUAAGUAUUAGAUCACGUUUAGAUCAUGAUGAAUAUACUGUAAAUAAAUUAGCUCAAUAUGAAAUAGAAAAACAAAAUAGACAAGAAAUUCAACAUAUAAAUGCAAGAUUACAAUCGGAAACUAAUGAAGAUAAACAAAAAUUUGAUCAUGCUGAGGAGAUUAUUUAUCAAGGUGUACUAUCUGAAAUUGCUGAUUGGACACCUUCUUAUCCAUCAAAUCCAUCCCCAUUACUUUAUGGAUGUUUGGAUCGAAAUGAACCAAAUCAAUUUUGGAUAUCUCUAGAUAAUUUCGAUAAAGGAUAUUUAUAUAAAUGUGAAUUAGGCGGUCCAUUAUUACCUAUUAAUGAUACAAAUGAAAAACAAAAUCAAUUCAAUGAAAUAGUUACCAAUGUUGUAACCAAUGAGAAAAGAGAAGAUCUAGAAAUGAUUGAUCCACCUAAUAAUAAUAAUAAUAAUAAUAAUAAUAAUAAUAAUAAUAAUAAUAAUAAUAAUAAUAAUAAUAAUAAUAAUAAUAAUCCUACAUUAUUCGAUCGAAUUCAUGCAACGGAACCAAAUAAUGCAAUAUGUAUAUUCAAUAAAAAGGAUACAUCUAUUACAUAUUGGACAUUUACUAAUUCUGGUUAUCGUUUAUUAAUUGGUUUUAAUGAUGGUAUAAUAUGUGUAAAAUUAUUAGAGAAACCAUUUGAUUUAACAACAUUUAAAGGAUAUUGGAUGUAUCGAUUACAUGAUAAUCAACGUGGACGUGUUAAUCGUAUAGCGCUUACAUAUGAUGAAAAAUUUGUUUUAAGCGCUGGAAGUGAUGGAACACUUUUUGUCUGUGAACUUAUGUCAGAAGAAAUGCAAGAUAAAGAAAUUAAAGAGUAUCGUGCACGAAUUCCAUCUACAUUUGAUACUACUGUUAAAGUAGAUGAUAUCAUUGAUCCAAAAGCUUAUAGUAUUGAAGAAACAAAACAAAAAUUAGAACAGGAUCGUUUUAUUGAAUUAGCAGAACAAAAAAAAUUACAAACUAGACAAAAAGUAACAGAAUUAAAAGAUCGUUUAAAAAAAUUAAAAGAACAAAAUAAUCAACUACCAGAAAGAAUUCGUCUACCAAUGGAGGCGUUCAAUUUAGUUCCACAAAUUCGAUGUGACCUACUCAAAGAUCGUGAAACUGAAAUUGAUUUGGUCUAUAGAGAAACAGCUUGGGAAACUGAAAAAAAUAGAUUGGCAUUAGAAAAAUUAGAGAAUGUAUUUAUAAAGCCGUUAGAUUGUGAUCGUAUAACUGUCAAAGCAUUUUGUAGUGGUCAUUGUGUUACUUCAAUACGUAUGAAUAAAUUAAGUGAAGAACAUAUGAAAGUCUAUGAUGAGAUAAUUAGUAUUCGAGAAAAAUCAUUGAGUGAAGAAAAAGAAGAAAUAAUAAAGCAUUCUACACAAUUAGAUGUAACUAGUACAUUGGAACAUGAAUCUGAAAAGAUUAAAAAUGUUACUAAUCAAGUUAAUACAUCAAUAAAAGGAGCACGUGGUUUAAGAAUUACACAAAAAUUACAUUUACUUGAAGAAUCUAAACAAAAACGAAAUGCUCGUCGAGCUCAGUGGAAACAAUUAGAAGCUAUGAAACCAACUGAUGAUUAUGAAGAUCCAAAAGAUAUUAAAGAAAUUCAAUUGGCUAAAGAGAGAAUAGGUGAUUAUAAAUUGAAAUCUGCAACAAAUUAUGUUAUACCUGAAAGUAUGAAAUUGAAUACAAUUGAAGUUAAACAUAAACUACUUAAUCUUGUGAAUCAUAUGUUUCAAUUAAGUCAUGAAUUCAAUGUAUCAUUACUUGGAUUACGUAAUAAAAAAAUGAAAAUCAUAGAAAAAUUGAAAAAAAUUGAUAAACAAUUACAAUAUAUUAAUUGUAAUUUACCAUCGAAUGAAUAUGGUAUACGUUUACAUAUUGAUGAACUUGAUGAAGAUGAAUAUCCUGAAAGAAAAUUCACAUACAACAAUGAGAUUCUAUUGAAAUUUAAAGAAAAUUUAGAAGCGAAUAAACAAACAGGACAAACUAAUAUCACCAUGUCAACAACGAUGAAGAAACCAUCAAAUAAAAUACUUUCAUUUACUGAAUGUAUUCCACCUGAAGAACGUUGUCAAUGGAAAGAACCAGAAAUUAUCAGAGAAUCCCGUAAUAUCAAUAAUAGUGAUUGUAAUGAUGAAACAGAUACCAUAGAUGUUAUAUGGUUCCCAUUGCAUUGUUUAGCAUUAAAUCAUUAUUAUCUAACUAAUAUAGAUCAUAAGUACUCUUUAAUAAAACCAUCAAUACAUAAUAGAUUUGAUGAAAUUUCAAUCAAUAAUUCAUUAGAUAAUAAUGAAACAAUAGAAGAACAACCACAGCAACAAGAAAAUCAAACAAAAGAUACCGAUGGUACAAUAAAAAUAUCAAUAUAUCAUCCAAUAAGACCAGAUAAAUUUAAUUCAUACAUGAUGAAUGAGAAUAAAACGGAAGAUAUAAAUCUCAAUGAAAUCCAUCAUAGCAGUACAUCAUUCGAAAUAGAAUACCAAAACCGUAAAUCUAUUAAAUCUAUUUAUUAUCGUAAUUAUUUAUUACAAUUAGCUAGUCGUAUUAUUCGUUGUUUUGAUAUAGAAAUUCAAUUAUUACAUCAUAAACGUUGUCAAUUAGGUAUUUUAUUAAAACGUUCUGAAUUAUAUCAAUAUACAUUAUAUAAUGAAUAUGAUUUAUUAAAACAAUUUAAUACAUUUGAAUCUAUAUUAAUUGAUAAAAUGAAAAAUAGAUUUAAUGAAAAACAAGAUAUUACUAAUAAAGUAAAUGAAUUAACUAUGAAAAUUGAACAAAAAAAGAAAGAUCUAGAACGUCUUUCUCAACGUGAACAUCAAAUACAUGAAGAAUUUAAAACAAGUUUAGAUGAUUCACAUAAAUUUAUAGAAUUUCUUACAAAAGUAUUUAAAAAACGUAUUAAACGAAAGAAACAAGAAUUACUUCAUUCAGGUUCUGAAGAUGAAUCAGAAGAAUCUUCAUCAUCAUCUGAUGAUGAUGAUGAUGAUUCCAGUUACGAUGAAAUAGAUGGUGAAAAUGAAAAUGAAGAUGUUAUUAUUAUGGAUUUAGAUACAUGUCCAUCAGGUUGUCCAAUAGAAGAUUUUGAACGUACUUGUUUAAUUAGAGAGAAACGUUUAGAUAUUGAAGAAGAAAUGACUGAAGAAAAGAAAAUAUUAGAUAUUUUACGUAAAGAUUUAGAAAUAUUUACUAAAAAACAACGUAUAGUUGAAACAACAUUAAAACAAGCUCAAAAUGAAUUGGAAGCAUUUCAGUUAGAGAAACAACGUAAAUUAAAUGAAUUGGAAAUUAUUGUUAUAUUAAGAUUAGAUCAAAUAAAUCAUCAAUCUAUUCCAUUGGAUAUGACAAAUAGUUUAAUAUUUUUAAAGCAUAAUUUAUAUUCAUUAAAAAAACGUAUUCAUGAAUUAGAAUUAGAACAAAAACAACAAAGAAUUGAAAGAAAACAAGCCAAAACACAUCAUAUUAUGUUACAAAAAUAUAAAAAGCUAUUUCAGAAAGAAAUAGAGAAAUUAUCCGCUUUAUGUGAUAAAGAAAUGAAUGAUAAAUUUGGUAGAAUAGAUGAUAUUGAAAAAAUGGAAAAUAUUCUAGUUAAUCCUAAAUUAGAAGAUUUAACAACAAAAAUGUUGACACUACAAGAGGAAUUCACAAAAGAAGAAGCAAAACUAGAGGCUAAAAUACGUGAUGCAAGGGAUUCAUGUAUGGGACAAAUACGUCAAAAUACUGUUUAUUUAACAAAAUUAUUAAAACUUUUCAAUGAAAAUCAACAAUUACAAAAUGAUUUAAAUCAAACACAUGGCGCGAAAAUUGGAACUAUUCAAAGUUCAUUAGGAAUAGUUGAUCCUAAACAAUUAAAACAACUUACACAAUUAGUUAAAUUACAAAGUGAUGAGAUUAAUAGUUUAACACAAGAAAUUCAAAAACUUUCACGAUAA